AUGUUAUAUUUCAUUAUUGCAAUUCUCACAUUUACAUCUUAUUUUAUUUUUGUACCAGAACUUUUUAAGUAUUAUUGGCCAGAACAAAUUGAAAGCAGUAAAUUAUAUCUCUUUAAUAUAUAUAGAAUAUUGGUUUCAAAUAUUAAGUAUGUAAGCUAUGCACAUUGUUGUAUAUGUAUUAGUCAAUGGUUCUUAUGGUAUCAUAUAUUAUCUAAACCAUCCUUUCUUUGAAUAAUUCAAAGUUGAAAAAGUAAUAUAACUAAUAUCAUCAGAAACCAUGGCCUUGGCAUUAAAAUAAGUAAGAAUGGAUUAAAUUGAGAAAUGAGACUUUCAAAAACUUUAGCAUUAAUUUAAUAGUUGGUAUCUUAUUAGCAAUGGCUUUUGGUAUAACUGGAGUAAAAUAUAGGUAAAUAUAUGAUUUAUGUAGAUUUGAUCGUCAAUCACUACCUGAUUUAUGGGAAAUGAUACCAUAAUUUUUAUUCUGUAUUUUAAUUGAAGAUAUAGGAUUUUAUUGGUCACAUAGAUUAUUACACAUCCCAGCCCUUUAUAAAUAUCAUAAAUAACAUCAUUAAUACACUAUUACAAUAUCAAUAUCAGCAGAAUAUUCAACUGCAUUAGAAUAUUUGUUGAGUAAUCUACUACCAUUCAUUAUUGGUCCAAGAUUAUUGAAUGAAAGAUUACAUAUGAUGACAUUGUUGAUUUGGAUAGGAAUUAGAGUUUAUAAAACAUUGUCAGCACAUUCAGGAUAUGUAUUUCCAUGGGAGAUCUUUUAAUAUAUUCCAUUUUUAGCAUUUUCUGAAUUCCAUUCAUAUCAUCAUAGUCAUAAUGAUGGUAAUUAUGGAUCAUUUUUUGUAUUUUGGGAUUAUUUGUUUGGCACUUCAAAUAAUUAUUAUUAAAAUAAAUUGAAAGACAAUUAUGGUAUAUUGAAUAUCUAUAAUCCUCUCAAAAGUAAAAUGAAAUGA